AUGCGUAAUCCAGAUAUAUCCUCCUCAAACAACAACACCACUUCCGGUCAUCCAUACGCUGUCACUGUGGAACCAGCUAUCAACUCGUCCGUUCAACCGGCAACUCAACAAAAACGUCAAAAUAGUAACUCGGGGUGUAUGCUUUCUAAUUCCAAUAAACGAACUCCUCCAAAUCCUUUACAGUUUCCUAUGGCCAUGCAGUCCUCGAUACCUCAAUCGCCUUCGUCUCAUAACAAGCAACAGGAACAGCAACCGCAACCGCAACCACAACAACAACAAAUGCAACCUAGAAUGCUCCGUAGAAACGUCAACCAAUCGUAUCAACAGCAGAAUGCAUCGAUGAAGACCCCAACACCGUCAUCGUUUGAGUUGCCUUCGAGCCCGAAUAUGAAUCAAAACAACAUGGCUUCAAUUCAAAAUAAUUCUGACCUGUCAGAGUCCAAUGCAUUGAUGGAGAAUGACCAGACCCAACAGCAACAGAGACUGUCAUCUAAGGAGGCCAAUGAGUAUGGCUAUGGACUGCAGCAGCACCAAGUGCAGCACCAGCAAGUGCAACAACUGCAACAACAGCCGAGAACGAUGACAGAUCAAGAACAACAGUUGGCAGCAAAACUAAAGGUUACAUAUAAGAACAUUGUCAACUACGAAGAAAUUGUUCAAAAAAAUUGCAUUGAAAUAACAUUAAAACUAAACCAAUUUGCUAUUUACAGUACAAACAGUGUUAGUGGUGGUUCUCCUCCCAGUCAACAGCAACAGCAACAGCAGCAGAUGGUUAAGACGUCAGAAUUACUGUCAGAUUUGUGGACCAUCUAUCACCACAAUAUUACGUUGUUGGAUAAUUAUUAUGACUUCCUUGUCAACGCAUUGAAACCUUCAUCUAAUCAAAUCCAAUUCAAGACAGGCAAGAAUAUAGUGGAUCUAUAUAAAAUUCCCAGAAGGAUGUGGGUUUAUGGAAUUGUUGGAUUUCUUGAAGUGCUAAAAAAUAUUAUGAAUGUCUUUCAAGAUCAUGAGAUUUGUUCAUGUUUUAUUUCGUAUUGUUUUACCAUAAUAUCAAAUUUAACAGAUCCAAUGUUGGAGAUGGAAGGUUGGUGGUCUGAGAAGUUGGGUGACUUGUCAAGAAUGGCCAUUGCUUUAUAUGCUUCUAAAUUCAUUGAUUGGAAAAUUAGUGCAGAGCACUGGUACUCUGUGGCCAUGAAAUCCUUGUAUGGUCAUGGGAAGAUCUACUAUCAUAUGUGCACCGUGCAACAAGAUAAUUUGGAAGCUUUGGUCAACAUUGGGAAAUCAGUCAUUUGCAGAGACCCCUUUGUUCCAACUCAACAUUACCUUAGAUUAGUUGUUGAGAACAUAUGCACUCAGAGGAACAUUCUUCUGUUACUAGAGUUACCUAUAAUUGACUUUAUCAAAAUUCAUAAAGUCUUGUUGACUAUUUAUCAUCAUACUAUUGAUCAAAGUUCGAAUUCGUCUUCGAUCACUGCCACUGGGUCUGCUACAUCUCAAUCCAGCGGGAUUUCAAAUAAUAAUAAUAAUAAUAAUAAUAAUAAUAUUGGUGAUGGGACCGCUAGUGAAGGAGGUAUUCGUGAUUCACAAGUACAAUACGGAAUUGCAUUAGUUACAAGGUAUGGGAUCACGUUUGGGUCUGAUUCCAAUGGAUAUAAUUUCUUCACAAGAGAAUUGUAUACUCCUACCGGGAUAACACAAAUCCAUGAGUCUCAUAAUCCAUAUUAUUUUCAACAAGGUGGUAAUGCAGCCCCUUAUGUUGCGGCAGCCAAUGUAAAUUUGAACUCGGUAGAAAAGAUGAACUUUUGGUUCAAUAAGGGUCCUUUAUUUGCGAUUGCUAACAUCAACCAUUUGAUUGGUUUUGGAGAUGCCAAAAAUCCAUUUGCAAAGGUAUUUGAAUUACCUGAGGCACUCCGUGAACGCAAGGAUAAAAAGGAAAAGAAAAGGAAAUCACGAGCGGAGUCUCAAGGUAUGGAUGAUAUCCCCACUGGCGGAACAACCACUUCUUCUAAUAAUCCAGAAGUAGGAAACAAUGGUAAUAUAUCCCAAUUCCUCUCGUCAAAUGAAGGAUCAAUGGUUUUUGCUGAUGUUUUGUCUCCAAGAGAUUGGUUUUUCUGCCUUCAAUAUAUCAACAAGUCAGUUUUGGAAUUAUCUAUUCGAAUCUUGAACCAUUAUUUGGUUGGACCCAAACAAGCAUCUACACCGCAUGUGAUUGUGUGGUUAUAUUUCAUGAUAGCUGUGGGACAAGCCACCAACAAAUUCCCUAAUUCCAAAAGCAUGUUUUUGUGGUUAUUCAGAAAGUUAUUUCCGUGGCAAUCACUUAUCAAUUACUUAAACUCUGUUUUAGAGGUGGUAAAGAAGAGUAAGAAAUUGAAUGGCUUAAUUGCGUCUUAUUUAAGACAAGGGAAUUAUAUGAGUAAAUUUUCCAAUGCAGAGUUUCUACCAGAAGUUUGGCAAUGUUGGGGUACAUUAUGGUUUGAUGCGAUUGCACCCAAGGGUGAUUUUACAGAUUUGGAAGUGGCAGGUGUCAAAAACUCAGAUAUAUUUGAUCUUCCAACUUGUGGUACAUCACCAGUUUUCAAUACUUCCACCAGUUCUGUUUCGGGGAUGAAUAAUGACCUGAUGCUCGGUGCUGGUAGUCGUGUUCGUAGUAUGAACAUUGAAAAGGACAAUGAUGAAAGAAUUGUUCGUAUUCUUUUGUUGGCGAUCGUUUUAGCAGACGAAUAUAAUUUGGGGUUAAUUAGAACUGAACAAGGAUUCAGGUUUGAGAAGCAAACGUUUAAGAAUACCGAUACUAUGGUUGGUCAAAUUCCCGAUGUUAUUCCUCAGAUUGAAGAGUUCUUAUUGGCAGACGGAAGAUUUGUACAAAACAAUUUCUUACAGCCUAUUAGUGCUGAGAAUUUGUCCAGCGAAAGCAUGAUUUCGGCCAAUAAGCUUAACGAGAUUUGGUUUUCUUCUCUGGAAAGAGAAGCUGCUGUUGGUCAACCACUGAACAAUGACGACAAUGGCUAUGAAUUUUCUGCAACUGAGGAUUUCCAAGGUUACAUUGACGAUGAAGGCACAUAUGCUGACUCAGAAUUUGAGAAUGAAGAUAAUAGUCAACAACUGCACAAUGCACCAAGACAACAGUGUAAUGCGCAAUCUUCGCAACCAUUGCAUUUUCAACAGCAGCAACUGCAGCAGUCUGGACCGCCGGAACAACAGCAGCAUUUUUACACUUCAUACGAGGUUCCCUCCGAUGAUUGGUCUGUUGGCAACAUUUAUUUCGAAGGAGAUUUAGGAGAUCGAAUGGAUUCUCAUCUCACGUACAUUACAUUGGAUGCUAACUUAUGGUUAAAGCAUUGUGGACGAAUAUUUAAAUGUGUUCGCAAUGGAGUGAUCAAAGUUCUGAUUCCGUUGAUUGUGUUUCAAGAGUUGAGAACAUUACGGAAGUCUACUGAGGCCACCAUUGCAGAUGCCGCUACUCGGUCGAUAAUUAUUAUUCGAGAAUUAUUCUUGAGCAACGAAAUCGUACCCCUUCGAUUUGAUGGUACGGUUGCAAUGGAUAUUAAUGAGACUACGGAAUUAGAAAAUAACUCGAACUGGCGAUCCAAUAUUGAUGAAACGAUUUUAAAUGCUGUCAGUGAACAUGAUGAGAUUGGUAAGAAACUUUUAAAGGGAUGGAAUGUUAAAAUUCACAAUAGUAACGGUACAAAGUCGAUGAUAUUGAAUGCUCAAAACGCCAAGGCCCUUCGGUAUUGUAUAUUAGUUACUGAUGAUCGGAAUAUGAGGUUAAGAGCUAAAACUGUUGGACUCACAAGUUUCCAAAGUAAAUGGCUAUUCACUCAAUUGGAAACAGCGUUUCCUUACAACUGUAUUGACUGA